AUGAUGACUGUAGGAAAUCAUUCUAUGCUUACUGAGUUUAUCCUUAUGGGAUUAACAGAUGAACCGGAGCUCCAGCUCCCCCUCUUCCUCUUGUUUUUUGGAGUCUAUAUUGUAUCCAUGGUGGGAAACCUGGGCUUAGUUUUGUUAAUCAAGAUCAGUUCUCAGCUUCACACACCUAUGUACUAUUUUCUAAGUAACCUGUCCUUCAUAGAUCUUUGCUAUUCCUCGGUUAUCAUUCCCAAAAUGAUGGUGAACUUUGUAUCAGAAGAAAACAUUAUCUCUUUUCCAGGCUGUUUAACUCAAUUUUUUUUCUUUGGUUACUUUGCUGUUUCUGAGUGCUACAUGUUGGCAGCCAUGGCUUAUGAUCGUUAUGUUGCCAUCUGUCACCCUUUGCUUUACCACAUCACUAUGUCCCAGAGGGUUUGCUUCCUACUAGUAGCUGGAGUGCACAUCAUUGGGGCAUGUGGGGCCCUUAUCCACACAAGCUUGUUGGCUGACCUAACUUUCUGUGGAGAUAAAGUCAUUAAUCAUUACUUUUGUGAUAUCCUUCCCCUCUUGAAGCUCUCCUGCUCAAACACCUACAUCAAUGAAUUUCUGUUAGAGUUUAAUUCUGGAAUCAAUGUGUUUCUGACAACCCUGUCUAUUUUUAUCUCUUAUGCUUUCAUCCUUUCAAACAUCCUCCAGGUCCAUUCUGCUGAUGGUAGGGCUAAAGCCUUUAAGACCUGUGGUUCCCAUAUUGCAGUUGUUGCUGUAUUUUAUGGUUCCAUAAUCUUCAUGUAUUUUAAGCCAUCAUCCAGUGACAACAAUACACAGGAGAAGGUAGCAUCAGUGUUUUAUACCAUAGUGAACCCCAUGCUGAAUCCCAUGAUUUACAGUUUCAGGAAUAAGGAUGUAAAGGAUUCUUUGAGGAAAGUCAUGAAGAACAAUAAAUUCAAAUAA